GAUCAUGAAAUGCCUAAAUCUAGAACAUACAUUGAUUGAUUCGUCCAUCAUCCCUCGUAUCUGAUAUCAUCGAAGCAGAUCAAAAAAUGGAAGGCACUUCAUCAAACGGGUCGGGAGGGAAAAAACAUGUUAGGCAAGCUUCUUCGGGGAGAGCUUUGCCCAGACGACCGACAAGAGGUCCGUUAGAUAUCAACGAUUCACCUCUAAAUAGCCCCUUAUCGCCUACAAAUUACAUUAAUGCCACACAAACACGAACACUUUCGCCAGGUGGCCCGGCGCCCAGAAGUCGAACACCUAGGCUUCCAUCACCGAUUCCCGGUUCGAAUCUGUCAGCCAACACUUUCAUGACAGCUCCCACAUCGCUCUCGCCAUCACAAAACACAUCGUUUCAAUCAACAGUCUCAACACUUCAAAAAGACUUCACUUAUCUAUUACGCCCCGAAAUCUAUCAUCCUCUACCCGUUCUUGAAAUUCCACCGCCAUUUCGUUCUUCCCCAGCUUCAUCACUCCCACCUAACCCUGAUGUCAAUACUCUUUCGUCACUCCUGGCAGCGGGCUAUUUUCGAGCUGCGGCUAUUCUGAGUGCUACGCUAUUAACAUCCAGUCCUGGACCCUCGUCACAUGAUGAGAUUUUCAACCUCUUCUAUAUCCGUCUCGCAUGUCUUACGCUCUGUGACCAGACACAGCUCGCGGCUCAAGAAGUCAAAGCUCUCGAGGAUCUUAAUGCUGCUUACUAUCGAGAUGAUGAAACGGAUACUCAUAUGGUAGGAUGGGAGCUGAGGGUUUUGGCAGUUCGAUUGCAAGGCAUGGGAUUAGGGGAUGCGAGAAGAGGUGUUAUGGGGUACUAUGAUUUAGCUCGAGAUGCUAGAAGUAUGUUGACAAAGUUGAAGAAACGAAAGGCAGCUGGCGAUGACUUAGAUGGUGAGAUCGAGUUAUGGGAAAAGAGAUUGGCGGAUUUGGGUAUCAGAGUUGCGAGUGCGCUGAUCGAGAUGGAAGAUUUAGUGGGUGCUGGGAUGCAUUUGAAGACUUUGAAGGUUAGUGAAGAGGGCGAUGAGGAAUUGAGGGCCAAGAAAGCAUUACUGUGGCUGUGUUUGGGGGAUAUUGAUGCUGCAAGGGAGUGUCUGAAGAAGGCAAAUGGGGGAGGAUUUAAGGCCAGUGAAAUGGAUGGAACCAUCAGAGCCCUUGCUUUUGUUGCUGAGGGGAAGUAUGAAGAAGCUGUUGUCAUUUGGGAAGAGCUUAUUGCAAACGAGGAAACCGUGGCUGGAAAAGGAGAGAAGGCUAUGUGGAGACAAAACCUUGGUGUCACAUUGUUGUACUUGGGUCGUGGUGAUGAGGCAAGAACUAUUCUUGAAUCACUCGUUGCAGAAGACAAUUCUUUCCAUGCUUUAACAUUCAACUUGAGUACGAUCUAUGAAUUAUGCACGGAGAGAUCAAGAACAUUGAAGGUUGCGUUGGCCGAGAAGGUUGCUGGGAUGGUGGAUAUUGGGGAGAACGAGGGGGUAGUACGAGGAUGGGAGAAAGUCAAUGGGGACUUCAAAUUGUGAUUGGGGUCUAGUAUCCUUAUUGAUUUCAUGGGAUCGCGUUGGACAAGGCGAAUGCAGACUUCCAAGUUCCAACAUUGAUUCACACAUUUUGUCACUUGUCACCCCUACAGAGCAAAGUAAGCCGCGUUGACCAAAACAACCGUUGCAAUAUGUGUGCAGAGCAGAGUAGACUAGACUCUCAUUUACGAUGCAUUGACAUCAUAUCAUUCCUUGGAUUUAUCCAUCCAAUCUAGAACAUUGACAGGCAUAAAAAACCA